UUAAACACACUUAGUUAAGAAGAUAACAAAAGAAAACACAAAAACCUCAAAAAGAGAUUACGACUUCCAAAGGCGACAUUUCAAAAUGAGCAGCGGCUGGGAACGCAUUCGUUUACGGGUGGAGACUGGUGAGAAUCUCAAAGCUGACACAAUGAACAACAAUCGCACCAUAUCCUGUCACGUCCUAGACACAGCCCUUGGCAAAGCUGUGGCCAAUUUACCCCUAACUCUCUAUCGACAAUUAGACGGCGGCCAGUGGCAGGAAUUGUCUCAACAUUCUACCAACUCAGAUGGUCGUGUUGGUCAGUUAUUGGAUUUUAAAGAUUUUGAAAAUGGCUUUUACAAAUUAAAAUUCCAUGUCCAUAACUAUUUCGACAGCUGUAAGGUGUCGAGUUUUUAUCCCUUCGUUGAGAUUGUGAUAAGAUGUGAACGAGGCCAGCAUUAUCAUGUGCCAUUGCUGCUAUCACCAUUUGGAUAUACCACCUAUAGGGGAACAUAAGUGAAGGAAAACAAAAACCACAAUAA